AUGGCCAAUGGAGAAGCGCCUUCCUCCAACGGCUACAUGCAAGCGGCCGCCGCUCCUCCCGCUCCUCCCGCUCCCCGACCCAAGCUCCCCUCUUCCACCCCCUCCCCAUCGGCUAAAGCGCAGCUUUCUUCCGCCAAGCCACAACCCGCUUCCGCUAAAGCGCAACCUUCAUCGGGCAAAGCGCAGCCUGCUUCCGCCAAAGCACUGCCCUCUUCCGCCAAAGCGCAGCCUGCAUCGGGCAAGGCGCAAGCUUCCCCCGCCGCCGUCUCAGCCGCCGUUGCCGCCGCUGCCGCCGCUUGCGCCAGUGCCAGCGCCGCUGCUGCGUCGCCGGACGCCGCAAGCGCACCACCCGGGCCGUCCGCCGCCGCAUUCUCUGAGGCGCCUCGAGACUCGCCUUCUGUCGCCGCCUUUUCCGAAGCGCCUCAAAGAUCGCCGACAGCAGCAGCCGCCGCCGCUGCCGCAACGGCGGCACCGGCGCGGGCGGCGACGCCAUCGCCGCCAUCUCCGCCAUCGCCGCCACCGCCGCCGCUGGCUCUUCCCGCGCCGCCGCCGUCCCCUCCGCCGCUGCACGUGCAGCUUCAGCUGCUGCACUUCCCGUACUUGUCGGAAGCAUGGACGGCUGAGGAGCAACGGCUGCUGGAUCAAGGUCUCGCAAGGUUCUCCGCGGAUCAGUUCACCCCCCCCCAGCGGUAUCUCAAGAUCGCAGCGAGCCUGCCGGAGAAGACCGCCCGAGACGUGGCUCUGCGCUGCAAAUGGCUGCAGAGGAAGGAGGCAGGCAAGAGGCGGAGGGCGGAGGAGAUCACAGCAGCCAAGAAGCAAAAGGACAAAAAGGACAAGGACCAGCAGCAGCGAGUGCAGGCAGCAGCAGGGGAACCCACACCAGGAGGUGGGGGAGGAGCAGCAGGGGCAGGCGGGGGAGGGGGGGCAGGGGGAACAGGCGGAAGCACUGCAGGAGGUGGGGCGGCGAGGGCAGGGGGGCAGGGUAUGGUCAAGGCGGAAGCUGCAGGUGCUGGGGACGGUGCUGGGGCGAGAGGGGCAGGGGGAGGUGUAUCUGGUGGAGGUUUAUCUGGCGCAGCAGCAGCAGGGGGAGGUGGCGGUGAUGGGUGUGGUGGUGCCGACACGCAGACAGACGGUGCUGACAACAGCGGCAGCUUGCUAUCCGGGGAUCUGUCACCCGACAAGCUACUCGAGCAGAACGUGGACCUCAUCUCUCAAGUCAAGGCGGCACUGGCGGCAAACAAGGUGGGCAUGCUGUUGCCUGGUAACCAGGUGUUAAAGCUCAACAACAUGCCCUCUCACCGCUUCACACCACUUGCUUACCACCUCCUGCCCCCUCCCCCCCCCCUCUCCCCCCCUCCACGCACUCGCACACGUGCGCGCGCACGCGCCCACACACACGCCCCCCUCCUUCACCCCCUCCGCCUCCGCGUCCCCCUCCCAACACACGCACACAUGCUCACACUACAUCCGUCCUCGCUCUGUCCUCCCCUCCCACCCAAUGGCCUGUCCUCGUUACAGGACGACCUCAACCUUGUCCCCGGUACAAUGAGCCAGAUGCCACCUCUCCCAGUCAAGCCUAACCUAGACCUCGCCUGCCAAGUCCUCUCGCCCUCCCCAUCCUCCUCCCUCAUCCCCAUCUCCAUGCCGCCUGGCCUUCCCGCAACAACCAUGCACGCUACAACCUUCCCCGCUACAGCCGUCCACGCUACAGCCGGCCUGCCAGCAGGAACAGGCCCAGCUGCUGCCGCUACACCCAUGCUGGGGGCUACAGGCAUGCCUGCUACAGCCGGCCCUGCUACAGCCAUGCCAGGCCUCCCCGCUACAGCCAUGGGGGCAGCAGGAAUGGGAGGAAUGGGAGGAAUGGGAACCAUGGGGGGCAUGGGAACUAUGGGGGGCAUGGGAGGUAUGGGGGGCAUGGGGGGGAUGGGAGGGAUGGGGAGUAUGGGGGGCAUGGGGGGGAUGGGAGCUAUCUCGCUCCCCUCCCCUCGCUCUCCACCCACGUCCCUCCCUUUGUAA